CUGGGAGGAAAUCGUCAACACAAGGAAGCUCAUGGUAUCGUUUACCUCCUGCCAAAGAAAAUGUCAGAGCUCAACAUAGCCAAGCGAAAGGAGAAGUGUGAGAACUGCACCAAUCAGUGCAACAAGAGGCAGAGUGAUGAAAGUGCCAUCCCCAACUUGGAGAAGGAGGAAACUAAUGGGAAGGGAAAUGAAGGAUCUCAGCUGUUGCUGAGUGCAUGUCUCUCCUGUGAUGGCUGUCUGUCAGAGGAGGACAGCCUGAGGAUCUCCCAGCAGAACCUGGAGGAAGUGGAAAGAGUUCUGGAGCUCAAUAAGAGGUGUGACGCGUCGAAGCACAAGUUGCUGGUGGCUUCGGUGUGCCCGCAGUCUCUGCCCUUCUUCGCCGUCAGGUUUGGUCUGGAUAUCUAUGAGGCCACCCAGAAGCUCUGCGGCUUCCUCAAAGGGCUGGGAGUCGCAUUUGUGUUCGACACCACUCUAGCAGCGGGAUUCAGCAUUUUGGAGACUCAGAAGGAGUUUAUUCAGCGGUAUCACAGGAAGCACCAUGACUCCCAGGCCUUGCCCAUGUUCACCUCCUCCUGCCCAGGUUGGAUCCGCUACUCGGAACGUGUCUUGGGUAGCCUGGUCACUCCUCAUAUCUGCACAGCCAGGUCUCCCCAGCAGAUUAUGGGCUGUCUGGUCAAAGACUUUUUCUCAAAGCAGCAGAAGCUGAGCCCAGAAAAAGUCUACCACCUGGUGGUGGCUCCCUGCUUCGAUAAGAAACUGGAGGCAGUCAGAGAGGAGUUUUACAGCAGUCUGAUGGAGACCAGGGACGUCGACUGUGUUCUUACCUCAAAGGAGAUUUACCACCUGAUGGAGAAGAGGAAGGUGUCAGUGGAGGAGCUGAACUCCGUUCCACUGGACCAAGUGUUGGGGGAAUCUGGACAGGCGAUGCUGGCGAGGCACGACGGCAGGGGCUCUGAAGGAUUCCUGGAACAUGUGUUCAAACACGCUGCUAAAGAGCUCUUUGGUGUGGAUGUCCAGGAAAUCACCUACAGAACCCUCAGGAACCGUGACUUCCAGGAGGUGACACUGGAGCGAGACGGGGAGAUGCUGCUGCAAUUUGCUGCAGUCUACGGUUUCAGGAAUAUCCAGACCCUGGUGCAUCGAAUGAGAAAGGGACGCGUGCCUUACCAGCUGGUGGAGGUGCUGUCCUGCCCAGGAGGGUGCCUUAGCGGCCGAGGUCAGACGGAGAGUGAGACAGCAGGCCGGAUAGAUAAAGCCCUGGUCCAGCAGAUGGAGGAGGUAUACAGCAGCCUACCGGUCCGACUACCAGAGCUCAACCCCAUCUUGAAAACUCUCUAUCUGGACUGGCUGCAGGGUCAGGACUCUGCACAGGCCAACAAGUUGCUGCACACAGAGUACAGAAACCAGAGCCAUACGCAACCGCCACACAUGCAGUGGUGA